AUGACAGCUCCUUUCUUGAACGCGUUGAUAAGUGCUUUAUUUUAUGCAGCAGAAAGUUGCCUGGCCUUGAAACUGACGAGUAACCACUCAGACGGCUUGCAACAAAUUCAUCUGGAAAGCAUUGGUUGGGUUCCAGUGCUCUGCGACCAACAAACGAACAGCGGAGGUUGGACAGUCCUGCAAAGACGCACACGUCCUUUUACGAGGGUCAAUUUCGACAGAAAUUGGACUGACUACGAAGCUGGCUUUGGGAAUAUUCAAGGAGGUAAUUUUUGGCUCGGUAACAAAAUGAUCCACAUGCUUAUGAAAACACCUCGGUUUCUUCGAAUUGAGCUCAGGACAGACAGAAAUGAAAAUGGCUUUGCUGAGUACAGCAACGUUAAAGUGAAUGGUGUGGCUAAUAAAUACCGUCUUCAAAUGGCAUCUCCAAAUGGCUACCGAGGGUCUAUCGGAGACUGUGGUGGUUCUUCCUCAUGGCAGUAUUUCACAACAAAGGACUCGGAUAAUGACAAACAGUCUAACAUCAAUUGUGCUAUGAAAGAUGGUGCUGGCUGGUGGUACAAGAAUUGUGGAUGUGGAAAUCUCAAUAAAAAAGAGGGACCGAAGUGGAAUUCCUGGACCUCACCAGGCAAUUUCGAGUUCAGCGAGAUGAAGAUACGUUGA